AAAUACAAUGGAUCACAGGAAAUGUCGUUUUAUUAUGCAGUAGCUCGCUUAGCUAAAUAAAUACAUAACAACCAAAUAACCUGGUAGAACAAAAUAAGUUGACAUUUCUUGCUUGAAAGUUAUACUCAUCAAGUUAAUACAACUGCGUCCGUCUAGCGCGAGUUUGGUUUGUGAUAUCUUUUGAUGAAUUAGACUCGGAAACCUACUACAGCUGUGGCUAGGAAACGGCUCAGCUAUUUGGAUCUACUCGUCAGUGUGCGUUUACCCAAGGAGCAGCCAUGGCUGACUUUCAGAUUCGGAGGUACCGGGACGAGGACCAGGAGGCGGUUAAGGAGACUUUCAUGCUUGCCAUGAGCGAGCACAUUCCCUCCACCUUCAUGCACAUGCUCAGACAGCCCCUCACCCAGGCCACCCUCGCCUGCAUCUUCUGUGCCCUGCUGGCCACCUCGGGGUCCGUGCUCCUGCCCGUGCUGGCCGUCACCCUCCUUCUGGCCGGGGCUCGGCAGCUGGUGGACUACUCCUUCGCUCGCUACAUAGAAUCGUGCCACAGGGGAGGCCUGGACCGCGUGCGCGAGGCCUACAUGGAGGGGAAGGACUCCUGCUUCUGGGUGGCGGAGAGCGAGGGCCGGGUGGUGGGCACUGUGGCCUGCCUGCCCUCCAGGAAGCACCAGGGCGAGGAGUGCCUGGAGCUGAAGAGGAUGGCCGUCCGGAGGACCCACAGGGGGCUGGGCAUUGGCAAGGCCCUCUGCCAGGUGGUGGCAGAGUUCGCUAGGGAGAAGAACUACAGCCAAGUGCUCCUCUACUCCUCGGUGGUCCAGACAGAUGCCCAGAAGCUGUAUGAACGUGUGGGAUACAGGAGGGUGGGAGAGUCUGUUGUCCCACAGCUUCUGGCUAAGCUGCUGAACUUCACCCUCAUUGAGUACAGGUACAAGCUGGUCGAGGGCGAUGGAUGAGGAAUCCAUCAUCAUGAACAUGACGAUGAUGAAAGUAAUGAACGUGAAGAUCUUGAUGGUUUUAUACAUUUGGUUGAGUGCUAUUGCUUUGCAUUUGUCAUGUCUGGGAGACUGGGAUUCCCCCUUGGGUAAAAAUGUCCUCUGGAUUCAGGAAUUACAUUUUAUAAAGGAAUUUUUUUCAAGUCGCUAAAAUGCCCUGUGAAGCUAGGCACGUUUAACAGCAAAUACAGCCUGUCAAAACAACAGACUCCAGAAGCAGAAGUACUGAUAAAUUCCCCAAGAUGCAAUCAAAUGCAUAUAGCCAGUCAAUUCCAUAAAUCAAAAUUUUUAUUUUUUUUUGGAAUAUGAAAUAAAAAGAAAGUACACGCUCUUUCAGUUCUAUGGUUUUCUGUGUUAGGUCAAAACAUACCCUCAUCUAUUCCUCACCAAGUCCAAAUCUAACCUCAUGGGAAUGUAAACACUAAAAAGUGCACCCUUACUGCUUUUGUAUCAAUUCAGAUGGUCAUUAGGUAAUUACAACCAAUCAAGUGCACAAGAUUAGUUGAUUGACAGGAAGUCCUACCACCUCUAUAUAAAAGCAGACAAUUUGGUCUGGAGCGUUCAGGUUUGUGUUAACGAGGACAAAAGGUAUCUGUGAUGUAUUUCAAUUGUUAUACUUCAGGGGUCCCCGUAGGCGCUCCCAAUGGCAUGGGCUAAUUGUACAAUUGAGUUUGUAUUUGAGACAUUUAUAUUUUUAAAAAAAUGUAUCUAAUAUGGGGAGAGUCAGAAAUGAAAGUAAACAUGGAUGGAAGUUUAAAUGCUACAAAAAGCAUGUUCUGGUCCUCACUCCUGGUCAUGGAGAGCAGCAGGGUCUGCUGUCUUUUGUUACUCAGCACUUGUUAGUAGCACAGCAGUCGAUCAAUUAAAGCCAUUUAUUACAUGGUUAACUCAGGGCACCUGGUUUCUUGGGUCUGAGUCGUUCAUUGGUCUUAAAGAAAAAACAAAAACCAGCUGAUUGUGGCUCUCCAGGACCAGGAUUGAGUAUAAUCGCAAUAAAAAGAAAAAUACAUCCUUAUAAAGCAGGGGUGUCCAAUCUUAUCUGAAAAGGGCUGGUGUGGGUGCAGGUUUUUGUUUUAUCCCAGCACUAAGACUCCUGAUACUACUGAAAGACUUGAUUUAAUACCAUGAUUAAUAAAUUAUUUGAAUCAUGAA